AUGUGUGGAAUAUUCGCCUGCUACCGUCAUCCCGACGUUCAAAAAUUCAAGCCGACGGCCCUGAAGCUGUCCAAGCAAGUUCGCCAUCGUGGCCCCGAUUGGAGCGGCAGCAUCAUCUCCAAGAACACAAUCCUUUGCCAUGAGCGAUUGAGCAUUGUCGGUGUCGACUCGGGUGCCCAGCCCCUGACCAACGCCGAUGAGACCCUCGUCCUCGCCGUCAACGGCGAGAUCUACAACCACCGCCUGAUCCGCAAGCACCUCAAGGAGGCGUACCACUUCAAGACGCACUCUGACUGCGAGGUCAUCAUCCCUCUGUACACCGAGUAUGACAUCGACGCCCCCAAGCACCUCGAUGGCAUGUUCUCGUUUGUCCUGUACGACAAGAACCAGGACCGCAUCAUCGCCGCCCGCGACCCGAUCGGCAUCACCACCUUCUACCAGGGCUGGUCGUGGAAGGAGCCCGGCACCAUCUACUUUGCCUCCGAGCUCAAGUGCCUGUCCACCGUGUGCGACAAGAUCGUGGCCUUCCCCCCCGGCCACAUCUUCGACUCCAAGACUGGCAAGACGACUCGCUACUUCCAGCCUACCUGGUGGGACCCUGCCAACGUCCCCUCGACCCCGAUCAACUACAAGGAGAUCCGACAUGCGCUGGAGAAGGCUGUGAGGAAGAGGCUCAUGGCCGAGGUCCCGUACGGCGUUCUGCUGUCCGGCGGUCUCGACUCGAGCCUCGUCGCCUCAAUUGCUCAGCGCGAGACCAUGCGACUGAAGCAAAAGGCCGUGGACGCCAACGGAGGUGUUCUCCCCGAGGGCGACGCCGACCGCGGCGAGGGCCUUGUCGGCAUUGACGAUGACGACAACAUCGAGACUGUGACGUAUUUGCCGCAGCUCAACUCCUUCUCCAUCGGCCUGCCCGGCUCGCCCGACAACGAAGCGGCGGUCAAGGUCGCCAAGUUCCUGGGCACCAAGCACCACGUCAUGACGUUCACUAUUGAGGAUGGCCUCAACGCCCUGUCGGACGUCAUCUACCACCUGGAGACGUACGACGUCACCACUAUUCGCGCUUCCACCCCCAUGUACCUGCUGUCUCGCAAGAUCAAGGCCAUGGGUAUCAAGAUGGUGUUGAGCGGUGAGGGCAGCGACGAGAUCUUCGGCGGUUACCUGUACUUCCACGCCGCGCCGGACAAGAAGGCCUUCCACGAGGAGACGGUCCGCCGCGUCAAGAACCUGCACCUGGCUGACUGCCUGCGUGCCAACAAGUCGACGUCGGCGUGGGGCCUCGAGGCCCGUGUGCCUUUCCUGGACAAGGAGUUCCUCGAGACUUGCAUGUCGAUUGACCCGCAGGAGAAGAUGAUCACCAAGGACAGAAUCGAAAAGUACAUUCUGCGCAAGGCCUUUGACACGACCGACGAGCCGGAGACCGAGGCGUACCUGCCCGACGAGAUCCUGUGGAGACAGAAGGAGCAGUUCUCGGACGGCGUCGGCUACGGCUGGAUCGACGCGCUCAAGGACAACGCCGAGCUGCACGUCACGGACGACAUGAUGGCCAACCCCAAGCCGGAAUGGGGCACCGACAUCCCUGACACCAAGGAGGCGUACUGGUACCGUCUGAUGUUUGACGAGCACUUCCCUCCAUCAUGCGCGUCGACUGUGAUGCGCUGGACGCCCACAUGGUCCAAACAGAGCGACCCCAGCGGCAGAGCCAUUUCCACGCAUCAGGCCAAGUACGACAACGCUGCUUAA